CACUAACACACUAUUUUUGUUAAAAGAAAACACAUGGAAAUAAAUAAACUUUAAAUUAUUUAUUUGCACGAUUUCUCAUUAAUUAAAAUGAAAAAAAAAAUGAAAGAUCUAGAACUAGAUCAAUUAAAUAAUGAAAUACCUGAAGCUCUGUUUGUCUUAAGAGAAAUAAAAAAGUCAAGUAGCGAAUGUCUUCAACACAUUCGUGGCCUUAUUGGAAAACUGAAAGAAAGGCCUAAAAAUGUACUAACACAGGGCAUCAGCUUUCUUGAUGUAAAAAAUCAGCUCAUGGCAAGUUACAUGGUCAAUAUGGGACUCUUAAUGGACAAAAAGUCAAGUGGUCAGAGCAUUAGUGAAGAUCCUAGUAUUGAUCGCCUUGUGGAGAUAAGGACGGUUCUGGAGAAGAUGAGACCUAUUGAACACAAACUUAAAUAUCAAAUUAACAAGGUAGUGACAGCAUAUAAAGAAUGCAAGCUAGAUCCCUCUGAUCCCAGAAAAUUUCAGCCAAAUUUUGCUGCGCUUGCUAAAAAGUCCCAGGAUGGUUCAAGUGAUGAGGAAAAGGAGGAACAAGAAAAAGCAGAAGAUAAAAACAAAGUUUAUGUGGCUCCAAAACUGGCUCCUGUUUAUUAUUCUGAUGAUGAAACCAUGGAGGAGCGCAAGAAGAAAAUGACUGAAAAGAAAAUGAAGCGUGCACUUAGCUCCGCCAUGUUGAGAGAGAUGAGAGAACAAUACACAGAUGCUCCUAUAGAAAUCAUUGAAUCACAUGAUCUUCAUCGCAUUAGAGAAAAUAGGAAAGAGAGGGAAAAAACAGAAUAUGAAGAGAAUAAUUUUGUCAGAUUGUCUGUGUCCAAGAAAGAAAUGGCUGCUCGAAGAAAGAUGGGUACCAUGUCAGCGUUAGGUGCACUGGCAGAUUUUGAUGACAUUGGACAUUUUGAUGACUCUCACCAGGGUGAGCAAGCCAAAAAAAAAAGAAAGCUUUCUCACAAGCAGAAGAAACACAAAGGUUUUGGAAAAAAAGGUGGAAAAAGAAAGUGGAAAAAGUGAUAAAAGUUACACUGGUUGGAACAUCUGUUUACACACACACAUACUUUGCUUCUCCCCCUCUACCAGAGAGAGACAGUUGUAGUGACUUCCCUUGGAGCAAUCCUUUAUGAUGCUCUUUGUUACAAUGUGUGUGUGUGUGCUUGCAUUUUAUGCCAGUGUGCAAGUUACUGAGUGUGAAGAAGGCAGGAGAGAGGGGGGGGGGGACAUGGUGAAAUGGAGAAGCAUGGGUUCAACAAAUAAGGUAUGGUUUAAAUCUAAGAGACAGAAUGGUUUAUCAAAUUGCAUAAUAAAAUUCAGAUGUUAUUUUG